UGGAGGCAACGACCACAAGUGCCCCGGAAUCCUCUCGAGAGCAGGACCUCCAGCAGCUCUAUCAACAAAUUGAAGCUCUGCAGACAGCUUUGAAGAACAUGCAGUUGUCCACACAGCAAAACUUUGAGACGCUCAGAGCAGACAUGGACAGCCAACAAGAGUUUUUCAAAAUACAGCGCUACAAAGGGGAAGUCAUCCUGGAUGCUGACACGGCUCACCCCAGAUUGGAAAUCUCUGACGAUGGGAAGAGUGUGAUAGAUACUGGCGCCUUCAGAAAUGUUCCCAACAAGAAGAAGAGAUUUGAUUCCCACACUUUUGUGUUGGCAAAGGAUGGAUACACAUGUGGAAGACACUACUGGGAAGUGGAUGUUGGCACAAGAAGAAACUGGAACUUGGGUAUUGCCCGGGAAUCUGUGACUCGCAAAGGCACAUUGACUCUGUCCCCUAAGAAUGGCUACUGGGUCAUAGGGCAUGCACAUGGGGGAGACUAUUGGGCCUACACAGAGCCUUGGACGCAUUUGAGUGUGAGUGGGAAGCUGCAAAAGAUUGGGAUCUUCCUGGACAUCCCAGCCAAGAAGCUGUCGUUUUACAAUGUCCAUAAGAAAGCAGCUCUGUACACUUUUACCAUUGCUGAUGGCAGCAGCCAGGAAGAGAAAUUCAUUCCCUUCUUCUCAACAGGCCCUUCUGCUACAAAGCCUGACGCUGAGCCUCUCAAAAUAGUGCAGGGGUUUGAUGAUGAUGAAUAG